UUAAGACGGCGUUAUUGCAAUAACAGCAAGCCACUGUUUUUAAUACCCCACGAACUAAGAGAUCUGCAUUAUCUCCUACAUAGUUCUUAACUAUAAGAUCUCUCUGUUUUCCAACUUUGUUCUCUGAUCUCUCUCUCUCUGUAUUAGUACUUAAUAUAUCCAUUUCAAUUUGGAAAAUUUCGAAGGUUUCAAGGACAAUUGGAGGCAUUGGUGGAUUUUAAGUUUGUUUUGGCUCUAAGAGGCAUUGGUAGUUUUUAGUUUGUUUUGGCACUAUCUGUCACUUCUUUAGACAAGCGUGGUUCUUUGAAAGCUCUCGCAACAAUGAGUUUUGUGUUUCGAGGCUCGAGAGGAGAUAUUGAAAGUGGAUUUUCAGGCUUCAUUCCUGAAAGACCUGCAGUGCGUAUUCAUGCAGCUCGACCAGUUAACUCCAAUUCACUUGCUUUUCUUGUCACGGCAGUUCUUUUGCUGUUCAUGAUUUUGAACUCUCAUCAGAUGUCACCAAACUUCCUGCUUUGGCUGGUUGUGGGUGUCUUUUUGAUGGCCACAAGCUUGAGAAUGUAUGCAACUUGUCAACAACUUCAAGCUCAGGCACGAGCUCAUGCUGCAGCAGCCAGUGGCUUGAUGGGUCAUACUGAACUCCGUUUGCAUAUGCCGCCAUCAAUAGCUUUUGCAACAAGAGGACGGUUGCAGGGACUAAGGCUCCAGCUUGCUCUUCUUGACCGUGAAUUUGAUGAUUUAGAUUAUGAUACUCUUAGAGCACUGGACUCCGGUAAUGCUUCUACUACCUCAAUGACCGAGGAAGAGAUAAAUGCCUUGCCAGUUCACAAGUAUAAGGUCCCUGUUCAGGAGAAUGGUAAUGCAUCUCUGCAGCAUGCUUCAUCUUCUUCAGCUCCAGCUGAGCAGACAAAGCAAGCCUCGAAAAAUGCAGAUGGGAACAUGAAAACUUCAGAAGAUGAAUUGACUUGCACUAUUUGUUUGGAGCAAGUUAACAGGGGGGAGCUAGUUCGUAGCUUGCCAUGUUUGCACCAGUUUCAUACCAACUGUAUCGAUCCAUGGCUGCGGCAACAAGGCACAUGCCCUGUGUGUAAAUUUCUGAUUGGUUCCGGAUGGCAGGAAAGCAGAGAGAGUGAAUCUGAUGGGUCAGACAUGGUUUAAUGAUUGCCCAAGAAAAUUGGUGUAUCUGUGUAGGAAAACUUUUCUCAUGUCUCAAUCUGUGAUUGCAUGAAAAUGAAUCUCUCUUAUGCCUGUGUAAAUAAUUUAUAGGAUGGGCUUUUAUCUAACCUUUGCUUGAUCAGAGGGAAAUUUAGCUUGUAUUGCUUCCUCAUUCUUAGCUCUGCAUAUUAUGGAUCAGAAAGAAGCAAAAAGCAACUGUUGAGCAUUGAUCUGAAAGCAAAAGAAAAGUUGUGACGCGGUCAGCCCUGUUGAGCAUGGCUGAUGGCGAUGUUCCUGCUCGGGCGUGAUGCAUUAUGAAUCCAACCUAUCUGUAAUAUAAAACGUUUGUGAAAGUUACAUUGCUCA